CGCAUAUGUAGGUCCAUCUCAAAGAGAACAAAGCUAUAAAAAGCCGGAUUAGCGUAAACAAAAAAAUAUUUACUGUUCCAAGUUUUUGUACUUUCAAACAUGGCGAGUUUUGUGAAUCUAGAGAUUUUUUCAAAUUACCAGAAGUAUAUUGACAACGAACAGGAAAUUCGAGAGAAUAUCAGAACAAAAGUUCGCGAAAUCGAGCAACUCGCAAAAGAGGCUACAAUUCAACUUCAGGUCAUUCAUUCCGACUUAUCGAAGAUUGAUAAUGCAUGUAAAGAAGCUCGUAAGCAGGUAUCUGCUUGUGCCAGUAUUUAUAAACAGUUGUCUGAAUUAAUUCCUGUGGGACAGUACUAUAGAUACUCGGAUCAUUGGACAUAUAUUACGCAGCGCCUAGUUUUUCUUAUUGCAAUGGUUGUUUAUUUAGAAGCAGGAUUUUUAGUAAAACGAGAAAUCGCAGCUGAAAUGUUGGGCCUGAAAAUCAAUCAUGCAGAUGGUUUCCAUCUCGAUAUAGAAGACUAUUUAAUGGGCAUUUUACAAAUGGCUUCGGAACUAUCUCGCUUUGCAACCAAUUCAGUAACUAUGGGUGACUAUGACCGCCCCCUAAACAUAUCUCACUUCAUGGCUAAUUUAAAUUCUGGCUUUCGUCUACUCAACUUGAAAAAUGAUGGGUUGCGGAAGAGGUUUGAUGCCUUAAAAUAUGACGUGAAAAAAAUUGAAGAGGUGGUUUAUGAUAUUAGCAUACGGGGACUAAGGAACAAUCCAUCUGUAGACUGUAAGGAAGUGGAGGACCCACAUGAACAGUGCGGAGAAGAUGUGGUAAACGAUAAUUAAAGUUGCGGGAUAUAGAAUUUGUGAUUUGUUUCUUGUCUUGAAAUACUAAAGUAAUACAAUUAUUUUGCUAUAAAUUGCUUGACGCAA